AUGCGAAGUCGAUUACCAUUUGGUGAUGCUGUACCAGCCGGAAAUUAUGCAUUACUUAGAAUUGAAGAAAAGCUUAUUGGAAUAUUAAUUGAAAUUUUUUUAGCAAUGGGAAUAUUUCCAGUAUUUGCAAUUGAUUUAUUAAAAGAAAAUAUUCAAAAGAUAAAAAAUAAAAAUGAAAUAAAUUCAUUUCUCGAUAAACAACGUAUUCAUUUUCAUCAAUUAAUAUCGAAUCAACGAGUAUUUGUUUCUAACGCGUCAACUGAACCAUCAUUUUGGUGGUUUAAAAAUGAUUUUUCUUCAAUAAGUUAUAAUUUAAUUGUUCAACAACAAAUUGAUAUAUUUCGAAUGUUACAUAAUAUUGAUACAGCUUUAAUAUGUUUAAGUGAAUGUUCAACAACAGAUGAAAAAGAAUUAGAAUUUAUUAAAAUUCAAGCAGCUAAUCUUACAAAUCUUCAUAAUCAAUUAUUUGAUUUAAGUAAACAAUUAAAUAAUUGUUUAAAAAUUUGGUCAAACUAUUUUAAACUGACACAAACACGUUGUUACCAAUUAACACAAGAUUUUAUUCCACAUCGUACAGAACUUAUUCAAAGUGAUUUAUUAAUACAUGAACAAUGUCUUAGUGAUUUAAAUAAAACAAUAUAUCGACCUGAAAAUGAAUACCAACAAGGAAUAAAUCGUUUAUUUGAUCAUUAUUUUCAAAGAUUAAAUCAAGAUGAACAAAUUUUAACAUGUGUUCUUUAUGCACAAAAUCAACAAGCAGAUUUUAUUCUUUUGGCUUGA